CAUGGAGGCAGCAGAUUCGUGUGAAUCUGGUCAGAGAUCAUGCUUCAUGGGAUAAUCUUCAUGAAAAUUCAUUCCUGCUUCAGUAAAUGGGGGGGCAGCACUGAGUCCAAGACUCACUUGUUUAACAAAUUGAUGAGAUGAAAAUGAGAUUUGCAGUUACUAUUGCAACCUUGUGCCCCUGCUGGUGGAUCCUUCUGCUUAUCUGUGUGCAGGAGCUCGAUGCAGGUAGGAGCGAUGGUCCAUGUCAAGGCAGAGACUGCUCUAUAUAUCGAUGUUUUCCUGCCAAAGGUGGACGGGGGCCACCAGGUAAGCUAGGACAGCAAGGUCCCCGAGGACCAAUGGGGCCAAGAGGACGUGAAGGGCCACCUGGGGAGAAAGGCAGGAUGGGAGCACCAGGAUCAUAUGGCCCAGAGGGACCAAAAGGAGAUCGUGGUGUAAUUGGUGUUCCUGGAUUUUCUGGCCAUGAUGGGUCACCGGGUCACACUGGAGCAGGUGGUGAGCCUGGCUUGCCAGGAGUGGAUGGCUGUAAUGGGACAAGAGGUCAACCAGGAGAUCCUGGUUUGCCUGGUUUGGAUGGUCUUCAUGGGCCACCUGGAUCACCUGGUCCUAAAGGAGCUAAAGGGGAACCUUUGUAUGGAGCUGCCCUUCCAGGUCCUCCUGGAGAGCGUGGGAGAGACGGAGAACCUGGUCUACCUGGAAAACAAGGAGUCACUGGGCCUAAAGGCAAAGUUGGUCUUCCCGGCCUUCGUGGGCCUGAGGGCUUUGAGGGACCUAAAGGUGUAAGAGGACCACCGGGUGACCCAGGAAGAUCACUGGCAGGCGAUAAAGGUGAUAAUGGUGAACAGGGCUCACUUGGUCCACCAGGAGUAGAGGAAGUCGUGGAAUAUCCUCCACACAUUCUUUCUCCGAAGGGCCACAAGGGAAACCCAGGUCCUCCUGGACCAUGUGGACCAAAGGGCAUAAGUGGUGGCAGAGGAGACUACUACCUUCAAGAAAUUAAAGGAGAGCAAGGAAUCCUGGGAUUUCCAGGGAACCGGGGUCUAUCUGGAUUUCCUGGUAGAGAUGGAUCAACAGGUCCUGAGGGUUUACGUGGAGACGAAGGACUUCCAGGCCUCACAGGAAAAACUGGAGAAAAGGGCUACCCAGGAGAUCCAGGUCCCCCUGGAUCUUUGCAGUUUUAUAAUAUAAGUGAAACAAGAGGUGCUAAAGGUGACCGUGGCUAUCCAGGAUUACCUGGAGUAACAGGAGAGCCUGGUUUUAUGGGCAUGCAUGGGCCUCCAGGGCCACCUGGGUUAUCAGAUGCAAAUGAGCUGCUUGGACCACCUGGUCUACCUGGUCCCCAUGGUGAAAAGGGUAACAAGGGAGAUCCUGGGAGGUACAAUGAAUAUGAAAUUAUUCUGUUUCCGGGAACCAAGGGACCAAAAGGACCUCCAGGACCUAAAGGUGCAAAAGGCCUCCCAGGUCCUCCAGGAUGUGGUGACUACUAUUGUGAGCCUGGUGAGCCUGGAGAACCUGGUGAUGAUGGACCCAAAGGAUUGCCUGGAAACAUAGGUCUUAGAGGAAUUAAAGGUUGUCCAGGGGAUUGUAAAUGUGUUCCUGGUAGGGGAAAUGAAGGACCUCCUGGUCCACCUGGUUAUGCAGGCCCUCCUGGAUUACCAGGAGCUCCAGGAUCUAUAGGGGACCCAGGAUUGAAGGGAGAUGAGGGCACCAGAGGACCACAAGGCUACCAAGGAAUCCCAGGGGCAAAGGGACAAAAGGGUCAGAAAGGGGACUCUUUUGUUGGGGGUGUUAAAGGUGCUAACGGUGACAGAGGAGACCCUGGAUCCUCUGGCCCUCCUGGACAGAUAGGUAGGCCAGGACAGGAUGGCAUCCCUGGACUUGUGGGAGAACCCGGACCACCAGGCUAUGGAAGAGGAUAUCCAGGAACACGUGGUCCCAAAGGUUACCCAGGUCUUGCUGGAGACAAAGGAUACCCAGGACUUGUGGGUCCCCCAGGCCCUUGGUUCCCAGGCCCAGCAGGGAUUCCUGGACCUCAGGGAGAUCCGGGACUUCCUGGUGCACCAGGACCUCCUGGACGACCAGGCCCUCCAGGUGAAACAGAGAGAUGCUGUCAUGCAGACCACAUUGCCCCACCAGGUCCUAAGGGUGAUCCAGGUUCACCAGGGAUUCCAGGUAAAUCUGGGAGAGAUGGUUUUCCAGGGACACCAGGACAACCAGGCCCAAAAGGCAUGAAAGGAGAUGAUCAUCUAACUGAAAGGAUAGGAAUACCAGGGCUUCCAGGUUUAACAGGGGAGCCAGGUCACCCUGGUUCAAGUGGAAUUAGCCUGGCUGGCCCUCAAGGUCUUCCUGGGUUACCUGGAUCCCCAGGGAAGAAGGGUGCACCAGGAGAAAUCCUUAAUGCCAGACCAGGUGUGCCUGGCCCACCAGGGCUCCGUGGGGCUGUGGGAAAAAAUGGAAUCCCUGGUGUUCCUGGAAAUCCAGGGCUGUCAGGCAUACAAGGCCAACCAGGACCAUUAGGUCACAAAGGAGACCCAGGGAGCAAUGGUGAUCCUGGAGACAUUGGUCACCCAGGUCCACCCUGCACUGUGUGUGAUCUGAUAGGUCCACCAGGUCCUCCAGGACAUCUUGGAAACCCUGGUUUGAGGGGAGAACCAGGCAACCCUGGUCAGAAGGGUGUGAAAGGAAAUAUAGGUCCACCUGGCCAUGGACAGAAGGGUCCACAAGGUUUUGUUGGUCCUCCUGGAGCUCCAGGACCAGCUGGAUCAAGAGGUGCUGUUGGUCCCCCGGGAGAUCCAGGUAUUAAUGGUUGGCCAGGAAUCAAAGGUGAAAGAGGUCCCCCUGGCAGAAUUCCGAUAGGUAUACAAGGGCUUCCUGGACCUCAGGGACUGAGAGGUAAAGAAGGAGAGAGAGGUUUUAAUGGACAUACUGGUGAUCCAGGAGAUCCAGGACCUCCUGGCUACAAAGGUGUAUCUGGACCCCAAGGAUUACCAGGAAAAUCUGUUAAUAUGACAAAAGGGCCGUUGGGACAACAAGGACAGAGAGGGCCACCAGGCCAGCGAGGACCUGAAGGUUCAAAAGGUGCACAAGGUAUGCCAGGUGAUUCAGGUCCUGGGGGAUGGCCUGGUCCACCAGGAUAUAAGGGUUUUGCUGGUGCUCCCGGCAGGUCCGGAAUACCAGGACCCCCCGGAUUUCCCGGAAUUAAAGGCUUCCCUGGCCCAAGAGGAUAUCCUGGGGAUGAAGGAGAUCCGGGAGAUCCAGGUCCUGUAGGACUCCCAGGUAUCCCAGGGCUACGGGGCUUUCCUGGUGCUAAGGGUGUUAAGGGACAGUUUUAUGGGGAACCUGGUCUACCAGGCCCCAAAGGAUUGCCAGGAGAGGAUGGACCCGGUGCACCAAGAGGUAGUCCAGGAGAUCCAGGUGACCCGGGUGCCAGGGGAGGGCCAGGACACCCAGGAAUCCCAGGCAUUUCAGGGGAACCAGGAAAACAAGGAGGACCAGGCUUGCCUGGGCCACGUGGCCCACCAGGUCGUCCAGGUCUUCCAGGUUCUCCAGGUGAUCAAGGAGGCGUGGGACUACCAGGUCCACCUGGUCCGCAUGGAAGACAAGGGCCCCCUGGACCACCUGGUUUAGACGGCCUGGAUGGCCUAAGAGGUCCAAAAGGGAUAAAAGGAACAAGUGGCACAGACCUUCCUGGCCCUCCUGGAGAAAUAGGUUUUCCUGGGGCCAAAGGUGCCAAGGGCAGCCCAGGACCUCCAGGAGGCACUUUUCCUGGGCCUAAAGGCUCAAGAGGACCAACCGGAAAUACAGGUCCUCCAGGCCAACCAGGUGAACCUGGUUCUCCUGGUAAAGAAUGCCAAACACCUUUGCAAGGACAAUGGGGAGAUAUUGGAUAUGAAGGAUCUGCUGGACCUCCAGGUCCCCCUGGAUUACCUGGGUUACCAGGAAACCUCAUUUUUCCCAAAGGAGACCCAGGACCAACUGGCCUUCCUGGGUUCCCAGGCCAAAAGGGAAAUAAGGGCAUUCCAGGACUACCUUGGCCUCAGAGCUGCUUUAACCAUGUUGGACUAAAGGGUGAGAGAGGUCCUUUUGGUCUACCUGGUCUACCAGGACCCCGAGGUCAGAGAGGUCUCCUGGGGCCUCAAGGCUGUAAAGGACAAAAGGGAUCAACUGGAGAUAGAGGUGCUAAAGGUGAACCAGGUGACAUAAUUUGUAAAGAUUCAGGGUUGGCUCCCCAUGGACCUCCAGGAAUAGAUGGUCCCCCAGGACCUAUGGGACCUGCAGGUGAUCUGGGUCCACCUGGAUCUCCAGGACAACAAGGCGAGAAGGGGCCUAAAGGGUCUUUGGGUUUUCCAGGCAGAACAGGUUUCCCUGGUCUUAAUGGUCCAGUUGGAGACCCAGGAGAUGUUGGUGUUCCAGGAUUUAAUGGUCCUCAAGGUACCCCAGGUCCUCCUGGUGAUCAAGGAGCUCCAGGUUCAAGACAUCCAUUGAGGUCUGGUUUCCUUGUAGUUAUCCACAGUCAGUCAGUUCUGGUGCCACAUUGCCCUGCAGGAAGCAACCAGCUUUGGGUAGGAUACAGUCUCAUUUACUUGGAGGGACAAGAGAAGGCUCACACACAAGAUCUGGGUCAGCCUGGCUCUUGUCUCCCUGUUUUCUCCACAAUGCCUUUCUCUUACUGCAACAAAGGUGUCUGCCGCUACUCUAAUCGCAAUGACAAAUCCUAUUGGCUCUCCACCACUGCCCCCAUACCCAUGAUGCCUCUCUUUGGCUCAGAAACUGAGAGCCACAUCAGCCGCUGCGUGGUCUGUGAGACAGUUUCACCAGCGGUAGCUUUUCACAGUCAGGAUCAUGCGAUCCCUCCAUGCCCACUUGGCUGGAGGAGUUUGUGGACAGGAUACUCUUUCCUUCUGCACACAGGGGCAGGCGACGAGGGUGGUGGACAGUCUCUGUCUUCUUCAGGUAGCUGCCUUAAGGAUUUCCGAACUCACCCCUUCAUUGAGUGUCAAGGUGCAAGGGGCUCCUGUCAUUACUUUGCCAACCUCUACAGUUUUUGGCUGACUACCGUGAGUCAGACAGAACAAUUCAACAUAGCCAAUCCUAGCACCAUCAAAGCGACUGAUGAGCAGCGACACAAAACCAGCCAGUGUAAUGUUUGCAUCAGAGCAAAAUGAUGUACCUCUACUAUUGUUUUUUGUUGUUGUUGUUGUUUUUUUUUUAUCUUUAACAAUUUCUAACACCUUUAAAAGAUAGUCCACAUUCAGAUUUACACUCAGGGUUAUAGAUAUUUACUUCUGAAGAUGUUUAGCAAA